AUGGACGACUACGACGAGUUCGGAAACUACAUCGGGCCCCUCUCCGACUCUGAGCUUGGAUCCGAAGAUGACUAUACCCAAGACCCUGAAGAUGCUGCGCAACAACACCCUUCCCAAUCCGCACCUCUCGAAGGAUACGGCGAUGAUGCUGACGCAGCAGCCGACGACGGAGAACGUAUCGCAAACAUGGAAUUGGACGAAGAGGGCAACAUCAUCCCCAACCACGCAUUGAUACGCGUCGAUGAAGGACCCUCCAACGCCGUCGUUCUCCACGAAGACAAGCAGUACUACCCCUCCGCAUCCGAAAUCUAUGGCGAAGAAGUAGAGACAAUGGUUCAGGAGGAAGACGCACAGCCGCUAUCCGUUCCCAUUGUCGAACCGGUCAGAAUUCGAAAAUUCGCGGUAGAAGAAGAAGGGUUACCCGAAACACGGUUCGAUCGUAGUUUCCUGUCCAGUCUCAUGAACUUCCCAGACAUGGUCCGGAAUGUUGCGGUGGUGGGACACUUGCAUCACGGUAAAACAAGUCUACUGGACACACUGGUAUACGAAACACACAAGAUGGAACACGAUGUAGACACGCAUCUCCGUUACACCGAUUCGCAUAACCUCGAACGAGAUCGUGGCAUCUCGAUCAAAUCUGCUCCCCUCUCACUUGUGUUGGAGGGAACAAGGAGAAAGUCGUAUUUGCUCAACAUGAUCGAUACUCCAGGACAUACUAACUUUCUGGACGAAGUAGCUUCUGCAUGUCGCCUAGCUGACGGAGUCAUCCUUGUCGUAGACAUUGUCGAAGGUGUGAUGUGUAACACUGUCCAAAUCAUUCGCCACUGCAUCCGCCAAAGCCUACCUAUCGUUUUGGUGCUUAACAAGAUCGAUCGCCUCAUCCUCGAACUCCGUCUGCCGCCAACCGAAGCAUACUACAAGAUCCGACACGCCAUACAGGAAGUCAACAACUGCAUUGCCUCGUUCGACUCCGACCCUUCCCUCCAGCUCGGGCCUGAACGCGGGAGCGUCGCAUUUGCGAGCACGCAGAUGGGCUAUUGCUUCACACUACGCAGCUUCGCUAAGCUGUAUGCGGAAACGUAUAACGCUGGGGUAGAUGUCGAUGCCUUUGCGCAACGACUUUGGGGGAAUAUUUACUACAAUGCCGAAUCAAGGAACUUUUCGAGGAAAGCGCAGAAUGCGGAAAGUAAAAGAUCUUUUGUUCAUUUUGUGCUCGAGCCGUUGUACAAGAUCUAUAGCGCAGUGCUGUCGAGUGAUAUGGAUACGCUGAAGAGAACGUUGGCGGGGCUGGGGAUACAUUUGAAACCAGCGGUGUAUAAGGCGGAUGUUCGACCGCUACUUAAGAUCGUAUUGAACCAGUUCUUUGGUCCAAGUCAAGGAUUGGUUGAUCUAGUCGUCGACCACAUCCCUUCACCCCGAGAGGCAGCCAAGACGAGGUUGGAGAAGAGCUACACAGGACCGAAAGAAGGUGCGAUCUAUGAUUCUAUGCUGGCAUGCGAUGCUGAUGGGCCGCUUGUAGUUCAAGUGACGAAGCUUUACCAAACCAUUGAUGCGCAAGAGUUCCGCGCCUUUGGUCGUAUUAUGUCUGGAACCGCAAGACCAGACAUGAAGGUUAAAGUACUGGGCGAAGGAUUCUCUCAAGACGACGAAGAAGAAAUGUCGCUCUGCACCAUCACUUGCACUUCUAUCUCCGAAACUCGCUACACUAUCGCCACAACCGGCGUCCCUGCUGGCUCAUGGGUCCUACUCUCCGGCGUUGACACCUCCCUAACCAAAACCGGAACCAUCUACCCCGCUUCUCUCCCCACCUCAGACCUCCACAUCUUCGCUCCGGUCGAACACGUCACUCAGUCAGUGCUAAAAGUUUCCGUUGAAGCACUCAACCCUUCCGAACUUCCCAAAAUGUUGGAAGGGUUGAGGAAGGUGAACAAGAGUUAUCCUUUGGCGGUGACGAAAGUGGAAGAGUCGGGGGAACAUGUUGUGAUGGGAACGGGGGAGUUAUAUUUGGAUUGUGUUUUGCAUGAUUUGAGGGUGUUGUUUGCCGAGAUUGAGGUACGGGUUAGUGAUCCUGUGGUUAGGUUCUGUGAAACGGUUGUGGAGACUAGUGCUGUAAAGUGUUAUGCUUCUACACCGAACAAGCGGAACAAGAUCACUAUCAUCGCAGAGCCACUUGAGAAAGGGUUAGCGGAGGAUAUAGAAGCGGGGGUGGUGGAUAUAAAGAUGCCGCCUAAGGUUUUGGGGAAGAUUCUACAAGAGAAAUAUGGCUGGGAUUUAUUGGCGAGUCGAAGCGUAUGGGCUUUUGGUCCCGAUGCAAAUGGUGCUAAUGUUUUAGUGGAUGAUACGCUCCCCUCCGAGGUAGACAAGAAGUUGUUAUACAUGGUAAAGGAGAGCAUAAUCCAAGGCUUUCAAUGGGCCACACGCGAAGGUCCACUCUGCGAUGAACCUAUCCGAAACGUCAAAUUCCGCAUCCUCGACGCCCAACUCUCCCCCGACCCUAUCCACCGAGGAGGAGGUCAAAUGAUCCCCACCUCGCGUCGCGCCUGCUAUUCCGCUUUCCUACUCGCAACACCGCGAUUAAUGGAACCCAUAUUCGAAGUGGAAGUUGAAACUCCCGCUUUCCAUAUCGCUGCUAUCUACACCCUCCUUGCUAAAAGACGAGGACAUGUGGUGAAGGACACACCGAAGCCAGGAUCGACGCUAUACACGGUUAAGGCGUUUGUCCCGGUGAUAGAUGCAAAUGGAUUCGAAACGGAUUUACGGAUCGCAACUCAGGGUGCGGCGUUUUGUAUGAUGAUUUUCAGCCAUUGGAGUAUCGUCCCAGGUAACCCAACCGAUGCAGGGGUGAAGUUGAGACCGUUGGAGCCAGCUCCACCACUGGGAUUGGCGAAAGAUUUUACGUUAAAGACGAGAAGGAGGAAGGGGUUGACGGAUAAUGUUGCGGUGGCAAGUUACCUGGAUGCUGAGAUGACUGUUGCGUUGGCUCACGCUGGGAUCGAGAUGUAG